AUGGCUGACGAGGGUGAAGCCGUCCCAGAGCACCUCACCUCCAUUAAUUAUGCCACGUGUGAGAGCAUCAAGGAAAGAGGGGAGGGGGAGGAGGAGGAGGAGGAGGAGGAGGAGGAAGAGGAGGAGGAGGAGGAGGAGGAGGAGGAGGAGGAGGAGGAGAAGGAGGAGGAGGAGCAUCAAAUAUUAGGAGGAAGAUGUAAAGUGAGGAGUGACAAGAAGGAUGAGGAAAGAAAGGAUGAAAAGAAAGAACAAGACGAGGAGGAGGAGAAAGAAGAGGAGAAGGAGAAUGACGAGGAGAAGGACGAGGAAGAGGACGAGGAGGACGAGGAGGACGAGGAGGAAGAGAAGGAGGACGAGGAGGAGGAAGAGGGGAUGAAGGAGAAAGAAAAGGAGGAGCUGAAGGAAGAAAAGAAUGAGGAGGAGGAAGAAAGAGAUGAGGACGAAGACGAGGAGGAAGAGGAGGACGAGGAAGGAAGGAAGGAAGGAAGGAAGGAAGGAAGGAAGGAAGGAAGGAAGGAAGGAAGGAAGGAAGGAAGAAAGGAAGGAAGGAAGGAGAGAAAAGAAGAAAGGAAGCAGGGAGGAAAGAAAGAAGAAAAAAAGGAGGGAAAGAAGGAAGGGAACGUGGAAUGAAAGAGGGAAGAAAGUGCGGAAGGAAAGAAAGAAGCGAGAAAUAUAUGAAACUGGUGGAACAGGUUUUGGCAUUCAAUGAAAACAAAUAAUGCAAGUUGGAAAUACACAAAUUAUAAAGUGAAGCAGGAUGUGAUAUCGUGCCGUGUGUGUGUGUGUGUGUGUGUGUGUGUGUGUGUGUGUGUGUAAUUCACCCAAGCCUGAUCACGAGCGGACUCACAACCACCAGCCGUUACCAUCAUCAUCAUUAUUACCGAUCACUGGGUAAGACUGUGGCCUCACACACCACACAGGGGAGAAAGUAACUGCCCCGCUUGUCAGAGCAAAAGUCUCAGAGGUGACCAGCCUAGUGGGGUUCGAACCUACGUAAACCAUGGCGGCCAACACAGACUCGACCCCUUUACCACUGUGCCACUGUGUGUGUGUGUGUGUGUGUGUGUGUGUGUGUGUGUGUGUGUGUGUUAGGUAUGUUUCAUAAAAGAAGUGCCACGUUUAUGCCUACUGGCCUCUUGCAUCUUCUGUUGUUUCCUUGCCUUCUUAUAUUAUGAAACGAAAUAUAAGAGAUAACUCUAAAUAACGACAGUAAUACAAGGAGAAAAACAAUCAACAUCCACUACAAAACUUCCAAAAAGGGCAAGAGAAAACAUCCAUAUACCAUGAACCAUUUCACUUCCCGCCCUCCCUAUACGAGUAUAUCACCAACCUUUUCCUUUCCAUCUCUUCCCUCCAUCAAACGCCAGGCAAGCUAUAGACCGUAACAUAUUUCCUUCCCCGCAAACACAACAAGGAUUACCCUCCGCCCCUCGCUUGCCCUCCCACCCUGCCUGCCUGCCUGCCUGCCUGCCUCUCCCAGUCUCUCGGUCACAAAGCAGGGUCAACACAGCUGUUCAUUUCGGCCCAGCUGGGAAAAAAAUCGGUGUGUCUCUGGUAUACAAUUUAGUGUUGACUGGGGCACUCAGGCUACUCCUCCAAUUACAUCAAGGGACAAGAAGGAGGUAGGGAAGGGGAGAUAGAAGGGAAGAGGACAGCCAGGAUGAAGGGCCAAGAGAGCCGUGACUAAAGCAACGGUAAUGACUGUAAAAAGACGAAUUAAGACCGAGAGUGUAAGAUGACAAGUGUUAGUUAACGCGCACCAGGAGGAUGAGGAGAAUAAAGAGGAAGGGAGAGGUACAGGGGAAGAGAGGAGAGUUUGAAUGGAUGGCAGAGAGAGCACUGACUACAGUAACGGUAAGGACUGUUGAAAAACGAAUCAAAACCGAUAGUGUAAAUAGAUGACAGGAGGAACUAGGACUAAGACUAGGAGGAACAUGACGAGAAUAAGAAGGUAGGAAAGAUAGGAGUGUUAAGAGAGCAGUGAUGGAAGAAAUGAAUAGGUCUUUGAGAAAAACUAAUUAAGAGAGGGGAUACAAAUAGAUGACAGAUAUUACUUAGCACACAUUAGGAGGAGGAGGACAAGUAGAAUAAUGAAAAGGAGGUAGGACAGCCGGGAUAAAAUAUUAAGAGAACAGUGAUGAAAGUAAUGGAGAGGACAGCGAAAUACAAAUUGAGAUUUCAGUGUGUAACAAGAUGACAGGUGUUAGCAUGGAUUACUAGGAAAAGGAGAAGGGAGGGCGGGAUGAAGAAGUCACAAUGACAUUGAUGGAAGAAAGGGAAAGGACUGAAAUACGAGUUAAGGAUGAGUAUGUAAAGCGAUGACAGGUGUUGUGUGGACCAGGAGGAGGAGGAGGAGAACGACGAGGAGGAAGAGCGGGAAGAUAAGAACCAAGAGAAUCAUUAAGGGAGAGAAAUGAGAUGAGUAAAUGAACAUGAGGGGAGAAGCGGCUCACUGGAGGAGGGAAGGCAAAGAACGAAGGGAUGGAAUAAGAGGGGAAGUGGUGCGGUAUUGGCGGCGGCAGAGUAAAAUUAAGAGGAUUACAGGUGGUGUGAGGGACCAGAGAAACCGAU